UGUGUUGCCAUAAUAAUUAUUCAUGUCGCAGUUCUUCAGAGGAUUUACUAACGUCCCAGGAAUCAGAUUGCGGAUAUCGAGUGAUUGGAACGGUUAAAUAUAUGGAAAACGAGUUUGCCGGUGCAAAAUCGUCUCUGGACGAAUCUGCCGAUUUAGUGGCCGAGGAGGACCAUGGCGGUGAAUACGUGGACUUAGAUGAACGGAACGAAGAGCAGCCGCCGAUGGCAGAAGCAACAAUAUCGCGAAAUGUCGACCCGUUUGCUGAUCCAGUGUCUGAGUAUGAAGCCAUCGAAGCCUUGGACGAAAAUUUUGAUCUGAACGACCUGGAUGCAGAAGAAGCAACUCAUGAGGAACAAGCACACGAAAUAUUCGAUGAAGAAACUCCGCAAACGGGCAAGACCCAAGCAAUAAAUAGUGAUAGUAAGAAACGUCGCUGUGAUAAAAUGGUGAUUGACCUUGAUCCAGCUGAAUUCAACAGUCAAGCAAAUUUUGCUUUCAGUGGUACUUUUUAUAAACUGAAAAUCCUCGGUGAAACGUCCGGAUGUCAGGUGGCUUCGGAAAUCGUUACUGGUGAUACUGUAGACGAGCUUCUUCGUGCAGUGUGGGAUAUUGCAAAUCCGUUCUUGUAUAGGGAAGUUAUCUUCGUUGAUGGUAGUGAAGGUAAACAUCUUGUUUAGGCAGAUAGUAAGCCAUCUUUCUGCAAUAUGCAAAAAUUUAUUAUCAUGCAAGAUCUGGCACAAAAACAACGAAUUAACAUCGAUAAAAUAGACAGUAAGCUGCUGUGAAUUGGCGAUCAAAGAAUAUCAAAAUUCAUAUCCAUAUAUAUUCGAUUUCGGUAUCGUGCAAAUCCCUGUGGGAUUUAGUGGAUAUGCAGUUGAUUCGUCCUCAAAAUUCAGACCGCGCCGGAGCACCAAACAACCAAUCGGUUCAAUGUCUAGCUGAGAAGCUUCGUGAAAAGCAUGGAAUGCACUUCAUGGGCCAUUCUAGUUCAUGGAGAUUAUGAGCUAAUUAUGUUCACUCGUGCCCCGCCCAUGAACAGGAACGCCGAUUGGAUGAACUGCCGCCACCAUAUUUGUUGAAAUUCUUUAAUUCAGUGCCAAUAUCGGAGGCAAUCAAGGUAAACACGGUACGCAGUGGGUUGACUGUGGCAAAUACUAUCAAUUCUGGGUUUGCAGCAGAAUUGAAAAAACUAGAAUCAGAAGCAAAUGAUUUGAUUGAGUUGGGACAACGUUUGAAGCAACGAAUUAGUGGCAUGAAAAUUAGGUUGUCGGUCAAUUCAAGCCUUGUAACUGCAAUGCAAGACUCUUCCAAUCCUGAGGAAAACGAGCUAAGCGAAAUGUUGAACGAUAGAGUCAUGGAUAUGCCGGAUUUGGAUCAUCAAUGACAAUCAAUAAAAAAACUUAC